AUGCCCUCUGUCACACAAUGGUCGGGCACGCCGUCCAUAAAAGGCUCGUCUGAGAGCAUGCGCAUGGCUCUUCUUACAACGUCUCUGGUUGGGCUACAAUUCACCUGGAACGUAGAAAUGACGUACUGCACACCGUAUCUCCUCGAACUCGGCCUCACCAAGUCCAACAUAUCCCUCGUCUGGGUCGCAGGCCCGCUGUCCGGCCUCAUUAUGCAGCCUAUCGUCGGCGUCGUCGCAGACCGCACUACCUCGCGCUGGGGUCGCAGACGGCCUUUCAUGAUCGGUGGAACGGUUCUAGUGUCCAUAUUUCUCCUGCUGCUGGGUUGGACGAAAGAGGUGGUCAAGAUGUUCGUUACGGACAAAGAAGCUGUGAAUAGCGCCACGAUCUAUCUCGCGGUAUUCAGUAUAUAUGGGAUAGAUUUCGCCAUCAACGCGGUACAAGGCAGCUGUAGGGGGUUGAUCGUGGAUGCUUUGCCCAUACCAAAACAACAACUGGGGAGCAGCUGGGCAAGCAGAAUGGUUGCAGUGGGCUCAUUGAUUGGGUACGGAGCGGGCGCCAUUGAUCUACAACUCGUUUUCGGGUCAAUGUUGGGGGAUACACAAUUCAAGCAGCUGACAGCCGUAGCGGCCAUGGCGUUGUGUAUCACGGUCGGGAUUACAAGUUGGGCAGUCACGGAGAGAGUAUUGUUAAGUACCGGGAGUGAGGGAGGGGAGAAGCUCGGCCCUUUGCAAGUCCUGAGCACCAUUGCAAAGUCGGCUGUCAAGUUGCCGAGGGGUAUACAAGCAAUCUGCUACGUGCAGUUCUGGGCUUGGAUUGGCUGGUUUCCAUUCCUCUUUUACAGCACAACGUGGGUGGGUGAAGUUUACCUACGGUACGACGCCCCAGCAGAGGUCAGGAAUGACGGCGACUUGACGGGACAAGUUGGCCGCAUCGGCUCGAUGGCCUUGAUAUCCUUCUCUAUCAUCACCUUCAUCAUGUCGGUUCUACUCCCCUGGUUCGUUGAGAGUCCAGAAGAUGAGGCGCCAGGAUUCAUCUCUCGUCCGCCAGCUCAGAUCACAUCAUUCACGACUAAAAUGAAAAAAUACAAGCCUUCGCUUCUCACUGCUUGGACAGUUUCGCAUCUUGUCUUUGCUUUUUCAAUGGUUAUGGCUCCGUUCGUUAAGUCGUUACGGGGUGCGACUAUUAUCAUUGCCGUAUGCGGAGUAUCAUGGGCAAUAAGCUGUUGGGCCCCGUUCGCUUUCCUUGGUGUCGAGAUUAACCGCCUCUCUUCGAACGCUCACAGCUACGGUCAUCUCGCACGCAAUUCAGUCGAGCUUGAAGCCCCUGUCACUUUACACCUCAACCAAGGACUCGAAGAAGACGGUUCUGCGACUGGCGAGAGUUCAGGGAAAUAUCUUGGCAUUAUGAAUUUGUACACUACACUACCGCAGUUUGUUGGUACGGGUAUUUCAUGGGUGGUAUUUUCGUUGCUUGAGCCUGGGAAAAGCCCUGAGCUCUCGGAUGCACCGCCGGAAGAGCACCAUUCGACAGACGGGCCGAAUGCAAUUGCGGUUUGUCUGUUCAUCGGGGCAUGCUCAGCUUUGGUGGCCGCGUUAGCUACGAGGCGGUUGAAACGUCUCCAGGGUUAUUGA